AUGUACGGAAAGAGAAAGGUUGGUCUUCGCUCCGCUCUGCAAGACUUGCAGCAAAAGGAUUCUGAUUCGGUAUACGAGCAUGCAAUGGCAGGAGAAAAGAGGGACGUGAGGGCUGGUUACGCCUCCGACGCAGCGGAUUAG